CCGUGGCACCACGCCUCCCUCCCUUUUUCCCGCGUGUUUUCCUGGCAGGAGCGGAGGCGAGGGCUCUGAGGGGAGCAAUGGCAGCCGCCCUAAUUCUCCGAGGAGCCGCCUGCGGCCUCCAUUCUGGGAGCAGACGAAGGCAGGUGGUUGCCUUCGGCUUCGCAGAGGUGUGUUCUAGGACAAUGGCCUCCAAAACUCCAGUUGGAUUCAUUGGGCUGGGCAACAUGGGAAAUCCAAUGGCAAAAAAUCUCGUGAAACAUGGAUAUCCUGUCAUUGCUUAUGAUGUGUUUCCAGAAGCAUGCAAAGAAUUCCAAGAUGUGGGAGAACAGGUAAUGGCUUCACCAGCAGAUGUAGCAGAGAGAGCAGACAGAAUUAUUACAAUGCUGCCCUCCAGCCUCAAUGCAAUAGAAGCGUAUACAGGACCAACUGGAGUUCUGAAGAAAGUGAAGAAAGGUUCAUUGUUAAUAGAUUCCAGUACCAUUGAUCCUGCAGUUUCAAAGGAACUAGCUAAGGAAGCUGAAAAAAUGGGAGCAGUUUUCAUGGAUGCUCCUGUUUCUGGUGGUGUGGGAGCUGCUCGGGCCGGAAACCUUACGUUCAUGGUUGGAGGAGCAGAGCAAGAAUUUGCUGCUGCCAAGGAAUUGUUGGGAUGCAUGGGAUCUAAUGUGGUGUACUGUGGUGCCGUUGGAACUGGCCAGGCUGCAAAGAUCUGCAAUAACAUGCUGUUAGCUAUUGGGAUGAUCGGAACUGCCGAAGCCAUGAAUCUUGGAAUAAGGUUAGGGCUCGACCCAAAGCUGUUGGCCAAAAUCCUAAAUAUGAGCUCAGGUCGUUGUUGGUCAAGCGACACGUACAAUCCCGUCCCAGGGGUGAUGGAAGGUGUACCCUCUGGUAAUAAUUACCAGGGCGGCUUUGGAUCUACGCUAAUGGCUAAGGAUCUAGGAUUGGCACAGGAUUCAGCAACCAACACUAAGAGCCCAGUCCCUUUGGGCUCCCUGGCGCAUCAGAUCUACAGAUUGAUGUGUGCAAAGGGCUAUUCCCAGAAAGACUUCUCUGCUGUGUUCCAGUUUCUACGUGAAGAGGAGAGCUUGUGAGCUGGCUUUUUUGGCAGCAGACACCGUUGGAAACCAAACACUAUUUUGGAGAGUCCUUGCGGAAUCCUCCACCAGAAAAUGGGUUUAAUGAAAGGUCACGAGUCCUUAUCUCUCACAGACCGGUCUGCUUUUGAUUGUCUAGGUCACAGUGAACUCCAGGAUUUUCAUCCUUUUUUUUUUUUUCCAAAGCAGUUUGUUUCCCUUAGUUUAUUUUGGCUAAUAUGUGUUAUACGAAAUGCCUUUCAUUUUGAAGGACCACCGCCGAAGUCUCGCCAAACCAACAGCCUAAAUUAACCCCCCUUUUUUCUUUAUUAGAAAUUAAGUAUUCCCUUGAUUAAUACUCUUACUAUCUGAGAGCAUAAUCUCUGAACGUUUAAGGUAGCAUGGUCACCCCAUGUUGCAAAUAAACCAGCUACCAAUUAUUUUAAUCAGGGUGAGUGUGUCUUAAGAUGAGUAAGGGUUGAAUAAGUUACUGCGAAGAAGCAAAAUAAGCAUCUUCCUCCCCUGCCCGCCGAUGGGCUUUUGACUUGCUAACAAGUGGUGGGUUUUUUCCAUGUUAUUAAGAUUCUGAUUUAUGUUCAAGAGGUUAAGAAAUGUAAAUGAGAAGCUGUGGCUACGUGUUUUCCAGUUUGGGCCUCUAUUCUGCAGUAUUCAUUUGUAUAUUUUUCUUCCACUCCCAUACUUUUGGACUUUAGAAGAAUAAUUCAGGACCUGCCACAGAGCCGACAAUGUAUAUUUGCUUUAGAUUAUUAUUCUCUAAUUGUAAAUCAAAAUAAAUGAGCCGUAUUUUGAAUUCAAAUAAAUUUCAAUGCUGGUUAUACCUGCCAUGAAA